AUCGGCAGGUAACUCAGGAUGGGCCGGAACGGUGCGCGUGUUAUGAUCAUCACGUGAUACAUCGUGACUGAAACAGAUCGCUGUUUUCACACACCCAGCACUAUAUAAUCCCGGCUUCUAGUCGGAGACAUCAGUUGACCAUUCUCUGCACACCGUCAGGCCAACAACUCUCGCCAAGCUUCAUCAUGAAGGUUGUUCUGUGUCUCCUGGUUCUCGUGGCUGCUGCCUAUGCUGCUCCAAAGGAAUUAACCGAUGUCCAGAAGCGUGUCUUUUUGGAUGGCCUUUUGGACAACCUGGGCCUUGGCCAUCUCUUUAACCUCGACACCCUGAAGUCAACCUUCUGCGGAAUCGUGGCUCUGGGUGGAAGUUCCGAUACCGAGACCCAGUGCGAGUCUCUGUGCCACCAGGUGCUGUCAGGUGAAACAGUAGCUCAGAACCUUCUACACAGCGGAUGUCCUCUGAUCUGUAAUUCGUUCCAGUCUCUAAUCCAUCUCAUCCCGUGCGACAAAAUACUCGGCGUCACACCCUCCGCCUGAACAUGUCACUACAGGCAAUGUAAAUAAAGACUGGUUACUAUAAAAUCUU